AUGGUUUGUCUGAAGGAUCCCUUGGUGCAGAAAGUGAGUGAUUUGUACGAGAAAAUCUCAAAACUGGACAGCCUUAAACCCUCCAAAGAUGUCGACAUGCUGUUUACACAACUUGUUCUCACGUGCAUUCCACCAUAUCCCAUUGAUGUCACGAAAUUAUGUCAGAAAAUUCAAGAAAUGAGGUCUAAUCUCAUUAGACACUGUGGGGAAGCUGAAGGGUUGCUGGAGAAACAUUUUUCGACGAUCUUAGGUUCUUUUGACAACCCACUUGACCAUCUUGAAAUUUUUCCCUAUUUCUCGAAUUACCUAACGUUGAGUCGUCUCGAGUAUAACAUCCUUAGCCAACACUGCUCGGAUGUCCCGAGCCGCGUGGCAUUCCUAGGAUCAGGUCCCCUCCCUCUUACCUCAAUUGUCUUGGCUUCUUAUCACAUGACUUCCACUAUUUUCCACAACUACGAUAUUGAUCCAUCGGCCAAUUCCAUGGCGUCCCACCUUGUGGAAUCCGAUCCUGAUCUGUCGAAAAGAAUGUUAUUCCACACUACGGAUGUAAUGAGUGUGACAGAUGCAUUUAAGGACUAUGACGUAGUAUUUUUGGCAGCACUUGUAGGAAUGGAUAAGAAGGAAAAAAUUGUAGUCAUUGAGCAUUUGGCCAAGUACAUGAAGCCGGGGGCACUGCUGAUGCUGAGAAGCGCCCAUGGGGCACGCGCUUUCCUUUAUCCGGUGGUGGAGCCUUGUGAUCUCCGAGGAUUUGAGGUUCUGACAGUGUUCCAUCCGACAGGCGAGGUUAUCAAUUCUGUUGUCAUUGCUCGCAAGUCUCCGGAUUUGUCUACACGUUCGAUUGAUCACGGGUAUAUUAACGGAUCCUUGAUGAUUUCAUGCAAAUGUGCUGAGAUUCAAGCGUUCAAUCCCCUCAAUCAGAUGAACAUGAUUGAGGAAUUGGCUAUGGAAGAUCAUCUUUCUUGA